AUGUCAGACAUUGAAAUCAACUUCAAGGUUCUGCAAAAGAGGCUAACAAAACUACACGCGGAGUUUCCGAAAUUUGAAGGAUCUCCAUCGUCGCUGCUUUUCGUCGUGGGAUCUAGUGAUGAGGAAGAUCCUUACAAGAAAAGCACAAUUUUGCACAACUGGCUUCUAGGCUAUGAAUUUCCAGCAACAUUGAUAGCUGUACUUCCAGAAAAAGUUGUAGUGGUGACUGGUGCCGGAAAAGCCAAGCAUUUAACAGCGGCGGUAGAUCUUUUUAAGGAUUCCUCUGACUUCAAGCUAGAAUUGUGGCAAAGGAAGGCCAAGGACGAUGUUCAUAACGAUAAGUUGUUCGCGGACGUUGUUGAACUACUUAAAAAAGCUGGAAAAACUGUGGGUACCCCGGUCAACGACAAGUAUCAGGGCAAGUUUAUCGCGCAGUGGACGCCACAUUGGGACGAUGCCCUCAAAAAGAGUGAACUUGAAACCGUGGAGAUUGCUGCAGGGCUCUCACAUGUAUGGGAAAAGAAAGAUGAGCAAGAAAUAGGAUUUCUCAAGGUAUCAAGCAAGGGUACAGAUCAAUUCAUGAACCUUCUCUCUGAUGAGAUGGUCACGGCUGUUGACGAAGAACUUAAAAUUACUAACGCCAAAUUAUCGGACAAAAUUGAGAAUAAAAUUGACGAUUCUAAGUUCUUGAAAAAAUUAUCAAGUGAGCUGGCACCUUUGUGCCCUCAAGACGAAAAAUUUGACGUCAAUUUACUGGACUGGGCGUAUUCUCCAAUCAUUCAAUCAGGAAACAAGUUUGACUUGAAAGUCUCUGCUCGUUCUAAUAAUGACCAAUUGCACGGCAAUGGAUGUAUCCUUGCAUCGUGUGGUAUUCGCUACAAAAGUUACUGCUCUAAUGUGACCAGAACAUUUUUGAUUGAUCCUACCGAGGAAAUGGUUUCCAACUAUGAAUUCCUCUUGACUGUCCAAGACGAAGUAAUUAAUAACUUUUUGAAGGUAGGCCAAACCCCUCAGCAAAUCUAUCAGGCGACCGUUGAAUACGUAAAAUCCCAAAAGCCCCAUUUGACCUCAUGUUUGACUAAAAAUGUCGGCUCCUUGAUAGGAUUAGAGUUCAGAGAUUCACAAUUCGUUUUGAAUGCAAAAAACGAUCAAAGAAAAGUUGCCGAAGGCGAAUGUUUUAACAUUUCGUUAGGCUUCAAUAACUUGAAAGAUUCAAAGACUGGCAACAGUUACGCUGUUCAAAUCGCCGACACCAUUUUGCUGAACGAAAAUGACGGCAAACCUGUUGUAUUGACUGAGUACACUAAGCUCAAAUCUCAAGUUUCGUUCUACUUUAACAAUGCGGAAGAGGAGAGUUCUUCUAAAGUCAAGAAGGAGAAAAACUCAGCAUCUGCAACAGCUCCGAUGAAUGCUGAUGGAAGUUCAAAAAUUUUGAGAUCGAAGUUGCGCGGAGAAUCUCGGGUUCAAGAGGAUAGUCAAAAGGAACAAAUUCGUAAAGAGAAUCAGAAAAAACUACAUGAAAAAUUGCAAAAGAAUGGUCUCUUGAGAUAUAGCGCUGCGGAUGCAAACGGUUCAGACGACCAACCUCAGCUUCAAUUUAAGAAGUACGAAUCAUACAUCAGGGAAUCCCAAAUUCCAAACAAUGUCCGUGAUUUGAGGAUUCAUGUUGACUGGAAAAAUCAGACCAUUAUUAUACCGAUCUAUGGUCGGCCAGUCCCAUUCCAUAUUAACUGCUACAAAAAUGGUUCCAAAAAUGAAGAAGGUGAAUAUACGUACUUGAGACUCAACUUUCACUCCCCCGGCAUUGGCGGUGUUUCCAAGAAAACAGAAGAACUGCCUUAUGAGGAUUCGCCAGACAACCAAUUUGUUCGCACCAUAAGUUUGAGAUCCAAAGAUGGUGAUCGCAUGAGUGAGGUUUUCAAACAGAUUGCUGAUUUGAAAAAAGAAGCAACCAAAAGAGAUCAAGAACGGAAGCUUUUAGCAGAUGUAGUCGAGCAGGCCAGACUCCUCGAAAACAAAUCUGGUAGAACGAAAAGACUUGACCAAAUAUUUGUCAGACCAAGCCCUGAUGCCAGGAGGGUGCCUGGUACUGUUUUUAUUCAUGAAAAUGGUAUUAGGUACCAGUCGCCCUUGCGCACCGACAGCCGAAUCGAUAUUUUAUUCUCUAACAUAAAGAAUUUAAUUUUCCAACCAUGCAAGGGUGAAUUAAUCGUUAUCAUUCAUGUUCAUCUUAAAAAUCCUAUUCUGAUGGGUAAGAAGAAAAUGCAAGAUGUCCAAUUUUACCGUGAGGCUUCUGAUAUGGCAGUCGAUGAGACUGGUAAUGGCAGACGUGCGAACAUGAAAUUCAGAAGGUACGGUGACGAGGAUGAGUUAGAGCAAGAGCAGGAAGAAAGAAGAAAGAGAGCUGCAUUGGAUAAAGAAUUCAGGUAUUUUGCCGAAGCCAUUGCAGAAGCCUCUGAUGGCUUAGUAGACCUUGACACAACCUUUAGAGAGUUGGGCUUCCAAGGUGUGCCAAGCAGAUCAGCCGUUUUCUGUAUGCCAACUAGAGACUGUCUCGUGCAAUUGGUCGAACCCCCAUUCUUGGUCAUCAAUUUAAGUGAGGUUGAAAUUUGCGUUUUCGAAAGAGUACAAUUUGGUCUCAAGAACAUUGAUAUGGUCUUUGUGUACAAGGACUUUAGCAAACCGGUCACACACAUUAAUACUGUGGCCAUAGAGGAAAUCGAGCUUCUGAAGUCAUGGUUGACAGAUGUUGAUAUUCCAUAUGCGGUCUCGACGAUCAACCUAAAAUGGUCGACUAUUAUGAGAUCCAUGCAAGAAGAUCCACAUCAAUUUUUCCUGGAAGGUGGUUGGUCUUUCUUGGUGGCCGGUUCUGACGAUGAAGCGUCAGAUGAAAGUGAGGAAGAAAUAAGUGAGUACGAAGCUUCUGAUGACGAUCUUUCUGACGAGAGCGCGUAUUCCGAAGAAGGUAAUGAUUCUGAGGACGUUAGCGUUGGGGGAAGCGAAGAUGGAAGUGGCGAUGAAAGCGAGGAAGAAGGAGAAGAUUGGGACGAGCUCGAGAAAAAAGCCGCGAGAGCAGAUCGUGAAAGCAGACAAAAUGAGUAA